UUUCUAGUGAUCGGAUAUGUAUAUACGCAAUAUUCUAUAAAUCAAAUAUAUCUAUGUUUAUUUUGCAAUAGUUAUUUUAUAUUUUUGUUUUAUGUUAAGAACGACAUAUGAAUAGUUGCCUAGUCUAUUAUUGUUACGUGUUGUUCUUGGAUAUGUACUACAUUUUUUAAGGAAUACUUUUUUAAUAUAAGAGACAAACUAUUAUCUCUUCUAAAAUAAUCUGUGGUAAACGGAUGAUGUCUGGGGAUUGGAGGCGUGACUUGAGAUAGAGUUAUCAAAUCACGGCAAAGAUUCGUGAGAAAACAUAAACGAAUUUUCAAAUCAUACGACGACAUAAGACUAGUUGUCAGUUUUACGUGCUUCACGUCUGUUACCUGGAAGUAAGAAUGGAGACAUAUGAAAGUGUUUUACUUGUUAAAUCUGAAGUAUUUGUAUUUAAAAUACCACCAAGGUCAACUAAUAGAGGUUAUCGAGCAGCUGAUUGGAAUCUACAAGAACCUUCGUGGACAGGACGAAUGAGAUUAGUAUCCCAAGGAGAUGCUAUUGCUAUAAAGCUAGAAGAUAAAAUUACAGGUGAACUGUUUGCAAAAUGUCCAAUUGAACAAUAUCCUGGAAUAGCAGUUGAACCAGUUACAGAUUCUUCUAGAUAUUUUGUGCUAAGAAUUCAGAAUGACAAUGGACGAUCUGCUUUUAUUGGAGUUGGUUUUUUAGACAGAUCAGAUAGUUUUGAUUUAAAUGUUGCUUUACAAGAUCAUUUUAAAUGGCUUAAAAAUCGUGAUCAAAUAGAAAAGGAGAAAGAAACACCAAAACAAGAAUUAGAUCUUCGAUUUAAAGAAGGAGAAACUAUUAAAAUUAAUAUGAAGAUAACUAAAAAAGAUGGCAGUGAAGUUGUAUCCAAAUCAAAACAACGACCUAAUUUAGGAGUAGGUUUGCCACCUCCACCAGGUGGUGUAAAAAUUGCUCCACCUCCUGCCAAAACUCCAACUUCGUCCCCAGCUCAUAAAUCAGUUCAAAAUCCAAAUCAAGCAUCUACAGGUUCAGAAUGGGGUGAGUUUGCUAGUGCAUCCCAACAAUCAUCUGGACCUAGUACAACUGUAGCAAAUGCCAGUUGGGUACAAUUUUAAUUUGAUAACAAAUAUAUCAUCUUUGGUAGCAUAUGCUAUCUUAUACAUGCAUACAUGUAUAAGAUUACAUUUGCAUGUGUUCUUAAAUAUAUCUACAUUGUUAUCUUUUAAGAAAUAGUUUAAUGUUAAUCAAGGAUGCAUCUAUGUAUGAUGCAUAUAUGAACUCUAUAUGAUUCAGUACUUAAUAUAAUGAUUAUAUAAGAUUUUAUUUUUUUUUUAUUACAACAUAACAUUAAUCAAAAAAUAAAAUUCCUGUUGCUUGUUUUAUUUAAUUUUCAGUUUUAUUUAUAUUUCACACUUUACUGUUAUUAAACAAAACUUAUCUCAUAGAUGCAUUCUUUUCUGUAGUCCUUGAAAGAGUACAGGCGUGCACAAUAAAUAUUGUGUCCAAGUCUCUGAUGUUUGUAUAUAAUAUAAAAACUAAAGAGCCUAAUAUUUCAGUAUGCCUUAAGCUUUGUGAGACAUUAUACUUCUAAAAAUUACUUACGAGUCACACAAAUUACGUUGUACAUAUGAUUAGCUGUGCAGAAUUUUUUAAUAUAGAUCUUUCAUCAUAUUAUUAAGAUUAAUAAAGUGUAAACAUUAUCAUUUCUUUUAAGAAUAGAAUUGUGGUAAACAUUCAGAUGUAUUAUACUCUAAACUAACUUAAUUUAAACUUGAUAAAAAUUGUGGAAUAUGUACUUGUACAACAGGUACUUGUAAAGAUGUAAUGAAGUAUUGAAAAUAGUAAUGCAUUGUUCUCUAAAAUUGAUUCUAAAUAUGUUGAAACAAAAAUGUUUAUUUUUGUUUAUAAAUGUCAAAAAUAAUUAAAAACCAGAUACAUGAUAAAUUUUCUCUUGUACAUACUAUUAGUAGAAUACAAAUUUUUAGAAGUCUUUAAAAAUGUUUAACAAGAUUUAAUUAUAUGUUUUAACACUAUAUGUAUUAUAAUUGAAUCAUUGCCAUUCCAGGAUUUGCAUUUUCUUUAAUAGAUUAUUCUAGAUGUAUAGGAUCAAUGUGUAUAAUGAAGGUUUAUUAAUUUAAUUAAUGCAAAGAUUGCCAACAUGUACUAUGGUGUAUAUUUUUAUCUGUAGAUAUAAUAAAUCACAUAACCACUA